AUGGAAAUUGAAACAUUAACUUCCGAGCCCAAGAGUGUCAAGCAAUUCUGCAAUACGGUUCAAAUCUGUUACAGGACUUGUCCACGAAGCAAUAAACGCCUACAGCCUUAUCAGUCUGAUGUAGAAGCCAUUUUAACCUCAUUAUACCAUUACUUGACCUGAUUAAAAAUUUUCCAGCCUGUUAAUCCCAAACUAGAGAGCAGGAUUUGGCAGAAGGCAGAAGUUGCGGGGGUUUCCAUGGGAAAUCUCCUGGGCCUGGAGGUAAGCACUCACAUUUAAAGGUAGACAGGCAUCACUUGGGAGAGGGAGGGAAAGAGAAGCUUAUCGUGAGAGGGGCAAGAUUUCCUGGCGGGCCCAGAGUAGUAUAUUUGGUCCUUGAGGUGCACAUACAGUAUUAUUUUCCUUGUCAGGCCUCUUCUGGCACAGGACCCUUCUGAUAUUUGUCUACCCACAGGCAAACUGUACGGUGCAUCGCUUCACCAGCCAGAGGUAAAGUGAUAUCAAGUACGAAUACAAUGUGAACAAACUCAACACUUGUGUUGCUAAAAGAACUCAGCGUCUAAGUUAUUCUUGAUUCCCUUGCAUUCAGUCUGACACCAAUGGCAGAAAGCACACAGCCAUUUCCUUCUAACCCUGGGCGACAGCAACAUGCUACUUGUUCAAAUGUUACUACAGUACUGGAUGCUAACACAUGUGCAAAGACACCAAAGGAAAAGAGUAUGUCUCUAGUCAAUUCAGAACUAAUAAGGCACCAAGAUUCAGGUGACAAAAAACUUCAAGAGUCUACAACCUCAACACUAACCCAGAUUGCAGCUGAAAGGAGUGAAGAUCAGCUGUUACUACAGGUUACACCAAAGCAGUUUCUUCAUGAUCUCUACACUAAAAGAGAUGAAGUAGAAGCGCACAUGCAGUCCUUGAAGAACAGGAACACUGUUCUUACAAACUCAGCAGAGAACCUCAAAGAACAGAUUUCCAAACAAUAUGAAACAAUAAGAAAAAUCCUGAACAGUGAUGAGAAAGCUUCACUGGAACUCAUUGACAUUGAAAGGAGGGUUGCUUCAGGAAAACUCCAAAAGAUCAUCAAAGAAUGGACCAACAACUUAGAUCAAAUAAAUAAAUCCAUCAAAGCAACACAAAAAGUUGUUGACCAUGAAGAAAGUAAAGUUCAGUCAAGUCAACCUCAAGAAGAAAGCAAACUGCAAUCAAGUCAAACUACAGUAGGUCCCAUUUUUGCCGAUUUUGUUGUGCAUUCCUUAAUCCAUUCAGUGAAUUGUGUUAUCAAUUCAAUAUUUUAUCAGUUAUUGCAAUGACUAAAUGAGAAACUAUGUUAAACUAUAGGGCAAACAGCAUAAAUAAUAGUAUCACCUAAUUUUCACAUUGAACAAAGAUAUGCAAUCGUUCAGUCAGUGUAAAUAUACACUCACCAGGUAAUAAAA